CCUUUUUCGACGCCGCCGCCGCCGCCUGAGGAGGCGAGCUAGCCGGGAGUUACACCGCCACCGCCAGCUUUCCUGGCAGCUAGAGGAGGGAGCAGAAAAAUGUAUACCUGAUGGAUAGAAUGACAGAGGAUGCUCUUCGCCUGAAUCUGUUGAAGCGGAGCUUGGACCCAGCUGAUGAGCGAGAUGAUGUCCUGGCUAAACGACUCAAAAUGGAAGGGCAUGAGGCCAUGGAACGUCUGAAAAUGUUGGCACUGCUCAAACGAAAGGAUUUGGCAAAUCUUGAGGUGCCACAUGAGUUACCCACUAAACAAGAUGGCAGUGGAGUCAAGGGCUAUGAAGAGAAGCUUAAUGGGAAUCUCAGGCCUCAUGGAGACAACAGGACUGCUGGAAGGCCAGGCAAAGAAAACAUCAAUGAUGAACCUGUAGAUAUGAGUGCCAGACGGAGUGAACCAGACCGAGGAAGACUAACUCCCUCCCCAGACAUCAUUGUUUUGUCUGAUAAUGAGGCUUCCAGCCCCCGUUCCAGCUCCCGAAUGGAAGAAAGACUCAAAGCAGCCAACCUAGAGAUGUUUAAGGGGAAAGGCAUUGAAGAACGGCAGCAACUCAUCAAGCAGCUGAGAGAUGAGCUGCGAUUGGAAGAAGCCCGACUGGUGCUGUUAAAGAAACUGAGACAGAGUCAGCUACAGAAAGAGAACGUGGUCCAGAAGACUCCAGUUGUACAGAAUGCAGCGUCUAUUGUUCAGCCAUCUCCUGCCCAUGUGGGACAGCAAGGCCUGUCCAAGCUUCCCUCCCGGCCUGGGGCCCAAGGGGUUGAACAGAAUUUGAGAACAUUACAGGGUCACAGUGUCAUCCGUUCAGCGACCAAUACCACCCUCCCACACAUGUUAAUGUCUCAACGUGUGAUUGCGCCAAACCCAGCCCAGCUACAGGGUCAGCGGGGCCCACCUAAGCCUGGCCUUGUACGCACCACAACACCCAAUAUGAAUCCCACCAUCAAUUACCAACCGCAGUCAAGUUCUUCUGUUCCCUGUCAGCGCACAACAUCCUCUGCCAUCUAUAUGAAUCUUGCCUCCCAUAUCCAGCCAGGGACCGUGAACAGAGUGUCCUCACCACUCCCUAGCCCCAGCGCCAUGACAGAUGCUGCCAACUCACAGGCUGCAGCCAAAUUGGCUCUUCGCAAACAGCUGGAAAAGACACUCUUGGAGAUUCCACCCCCUAAACCACCUGCUCCCUUGCUUCACUUCCUGCCUAGUGCAGCCAAUAGCGAGUUCAUCUACAUGGUAGGCUUGGAGGAAGUCGUACAGAGUGUCAUCGACAGCCAAGGGAAAAGCUGUGCCUCUCUUCUGCGGGUCGAACCCUUUGUUUGUGCCCAGUGCCGCACAGACUUCACCCCUCACUGGAAGCAGGAGAAGAAUGGUAAGAUUCUAUGUGAGCAGUGUAUGACCUCCAACCAGAAGAAGGCUCUAAAGGCAGAACACACCAACCGGCUGAAAAAUGCUUUUGUUAAAGCUCUACAGCAGGAACAGGAAAUUGAACAGCGAUUACAGCAGCAGGCAGCCCUCUCCCCCACUACGGCUCCAGCUGUGUCCAGUGUCAGUAAACAAGAGACCAUAAUGAGACAUCAUACGCUUCGGCAGGCUCCGCAGCCCCAAAGCAGCCUCCAGCGUGGUAUACCCACAUCUGCCCGUUCCAUGCUUUCCAACUUUGCACAGGCACCCCAGCUGUCUGUGCCGGGGGGCCUCCUUGGUAUGCCAGGUGUCAACAUUGCAUACUUGAACACUGGUAUCGGAGGACACAAAGCCCCCAGUCUGGCAGACCGACAGCGGGAAUACCUUUUAGACAUGAUCCCUCCCCGGUCUAUAUCGCAGUCCAUCAGUGGACAGAAAUAACGCCUGUUCCACUUAUACUGCCCCAACCUUGAAUCCUUUACCCCUCUCCUCUCCCAUUGUCCCCAACUUCCGUCGCAUGCAGUGCCUGUACUGGUGCCUACCAUACACGGAAAACAAAACAAAAACAGAAGACAAAAAGUAGGAAUCAACAAGAAAACACACGCCCUGCCCCGCCACCUCCCCUUUAUUUUACACUGCUGCGAUCUGUUCUGCCACUUUCUCUCUUCAGUUUUAAUAGCGAGGUGGAUCUCUGCCUCUGACAGAGGUCAGAAUGAGGUCCUGGGGAGAAAUCUAAGCCCUUUGAUGUGUGUUUCUAAAGUUUGUUUUUAUGCUUUAAUUAUUACUAUCAUUUUUAAUGAUGUUGUGUGUCCUCCCUUUGUUCAGUGGACGGUUAAACCUUUUUAUUUUCACCCAGUAUUUUUUUUCUCUUUUCUUUUGUCUUUUUUCUUUUUUGUAAACACAAAUGACAUUCAAUUAAGUGAUAGGAGCAUUGCAGUAGGGUCCCCAGCUGCCAAGUAGGACGUGACUGGGAGUGUUAGGGGCAAAAGUUUUUAAUGCACUUAACCCAGGGUUUGGGGGGGGGUGGUGGCAUCAAACAAGGAGGAUAGCACACCAGUUGUGGGGUGUCUCUGAGCUGGACAGUUCAGAAGGCAGUGUUGAGUAUUGAAGUUGGGCUCUAAGAAGGAGGGGAAAGAGCCCGGAAGGAGAAGCUUUAAAAUGUAACCACUCUCAAAGUGACCCAUAGAGAAGAGAAAGGGGCGUGACAGUGAACAUAAGUUGAGCCAAGGAGGACUGAGACCACGCCCUAGCCUUCUGGAUGCUGGGCGAAUGAGAUUGGCCUCCUGACCCCAGUGGAGACGCAGAAGACGAUUCCAGGCCAACUAGCCCCAGGUUAUUUCAUCUUAUUUUUUUGUAAAGUUCUCCCCCAUCCCCAUCUCCUUUCUUUUCUUUUUUAAAAAAUGCUAAUCUGCCCUCAGUAACCACAGCCCCAUCUGUAAUAUAGAGUGUCUGCUCCCAGCCUGACUUUGCUGGGUGUCCUGGAAGUUGGAUGGGCAUGAGUGAGUGAAAUGUCAAAGGGAGGAAAUAGAGGAAGAAAGAAAGAGGGGUUUCCCUCCCAACAGUUGCGACUUUCCGUUUGUCUCUACCUUCUGAGUGCCAGGAGGUGAGGGUGAGGGCACCUAAUCAGGUUGGAGCCCUACCUGGCCCUGCUGCACUAACUGCAGAGCUGACCGCUCACAGCUGAACAGUUCAUGUCAAAACCAAUCCUGGACCUGUCCUAUAAAAGUAGUAGUUGUCUUGUUUCUCCCCAGAAUUCUAUAAAUUUUGCUUUCUUGUUUGUUUUUAUUCUUUUCUUAAGUGCUACUAAUGUAGAGAAUGAAUUGAAUUGUGCAAUGUUGCUGUUCUGGGGAUUGGGGAGAUGAGCAUCCCAUUUGCCCACACCGUGGGGGACAGGGGAAGGGGCCAGGCCGUUUUUGAGGUAAGGGAAGCCCAUUAAAGGUAGGGGCUUCUGCUCACUUCUUAGUGGAUGUCCACCUGCCUCUCCAGCCCUAAUAAAAGCUGUCAGAGUUUGAGGAAGGGAUACUCUCAGCAGAGAAGUGUGAAGAGGAGUGUAACAUUUUGCCCUUGAAAGCCACCUGGAGAGGUUCCCCCAUUUUUAUUUUUUAAAAUUAAAUAAUUUUUUAAAGUAAGAAGGCACUUUUAAAAUUAACACACACACAAACUGCACAUCCUCCCCAUAAAGUUUGGGGAGGGGAUAGGAGGAGCUGGAAUCAGGCUCAGUUCCCCCCACACUGGCCUCUACUCCCCAUACUCCAGAGCCACUGUGGGUGAUUAUACUGGCCCUACGGGCCUUCCUGGCUUUUUUUCUUUCCUCCCUUUCCCCCAAUUCAUUGAGCACUUAAUAAAGGAGCAGAGAUGCAGCCUGUGUCUGGGCUCCCCAGUGGUGAAAUGAUCUGGAAGCUAGACGCUAGUAACAGGUAGUGAUGGGGUUGUUUCGAGUAUUUUUCUGGGGAAUGUGGAACCCCUGACUAAGUGGUGGGAGAGGGAGGGGGGUUAGUGGAACUGGGUCUGGGAUUAUUUUAAAAUUAUAUAUAUAUAUAUAAAGAUAUAUUCUUACAUCUUUCCUUUGCCCUCUGUGCUUUGAAAGCACUGGAUAAAUCGUUUGGUUUUGCUUUUCUCUCUUCCACGAAAUUGGAAGCUUUUUAAAAAAUAUUUUCCCUGCAAGUCAUCUUGCCUUGUGGCAUGUCUGUCUAGCCUCCCCCCCCCCCACCCCAUGAUGAAGUGCCAUUUCUGUUAUGUCUCCCCUCCCCCAGCUCAGAGGUGCUCAGAGGUACGAGGUGCCCAAGUUUGUCAGUUGAGAUUAAAAGUAAGGAGCAGAGAAUGUGCAAUACCGUCUGGCUGGGGGCUGUCCCUGCCCUGAGCUGAAUCCCUUCCCUGGGAGCCAGGCCACCUUUGAAUGGGGUUUGGAAGUAAGAUGUGUAGAGACAGGGGAUGAUGGGGAAGGAAAGCCUGUAGUCACGUGCCUGCCAAGGUGCUGAGGCGAUAGGGGAGAGGGUGGAGUCUUCCCUGUUUUUAUCCCCUCAGGGUCAGUUACAUAGAGGCUGCUUGUUGACUAGUAUAGCUCCGUGACCCUUCGCUCAAUCGCUGAGGUUUGAUUUCUUACCCUCUCUUAUCCCCAUUUUCAUACCCUUCCCAGGGAUUAGUGAUGGGGGUGAGGUUCCUCUAAUCAUGGUAAAGUAUUAGCCUUCCACCUCCUCCCUUUUCCUCCUCCUCCCCCAUCCUCUGUCUUCCUCAUUUCUCUCCUUUUUCAUCACUGAUUGCCUUGUGUCCCUCCAAGUCUAUUGCUGUCCAUCCCCAGGCCUUGGGCCCCAUAGACACUAAACCUCAUGCCCUAAAGAUAGGGAGAAAGACCCUCUGUACAGAGUUAUCCUUCACCCCUGGAGCCCUGAAGCUCAGGGUGAUACUAGAGUGAGGAUCCCACCAGUUUUGCCUGGCUUCCUCCAUCACCAGAGGCUUUAAAAGCAGUAGUUUAUGGACAGUGGCUUACUCUUUCUAAGCCUGAUACGGGUGAAUGAGCAGUAAGGCUUUGGUAAAACUGAGGGACAGAGGUCCUUAUUUGUCUUUUUUUUUUUUUUUUUCUUUUUGUCAUUUGACCACAGCAUCUGGACUUCUUUCAUCCCUGGAAUAAGUAUUUUUUCCACAUUUUUUGGAUGUAUGUAUGGUAGACAAUUUUUUUUUUAAGACACAGAGAUAAAUGUUUUCCUGCUUUGGUUACCUUUCCUUUCCCCUUUAAAAGGAAUUAGCUAUAGAACUGCUUUGUAAAGAUGCUUCUUGAUAUUUUACUUUUGUUCCUUUUCCCUAACCUCUCCCUCUUCUCCCCACUUCUCCAGAAGGCAUAACCUUCUCUCCACACCCCCUACCCCCACCCCAGUCCUUGGCUCCCUUCCCCUCCAACAAGACCUUCAUUAGCUUAUGAUAUUUGCUGCCGAGAUGUUAUAACAAGGACUCAUUCAUGUAUAUAAGCUAUUUCUUGAUCCAUUUAAAAGGAAUUGUACAUUGUGUAGAAAAAAAAAAAAACUGAAAAAGAGAAAAAAAAGCCCUAGCCAUGGAUAUUGUGAAACUGUGUUAUGUCAUUUUGUAAUGUGCCCGUUUGUGUAUGAUCCGUGCAAAAGGGUUUCUGGGGAAGGGGCGGGGGUCGGGAGGCAGGGCUGUGGAGGGUGGGGAGGGGAGUGGGCCGGGCCCAGCACACUGAGACUGGCAGCUGCUCCAACCCCAUCCCUCCUUAGAGAUGCCACCUCCCCCACCACCCACCCCUAAUUUGUGCCUUGCCUCCCCACCCUGGAGUAGUCCCUCCGGGUCACCAGCACUGCCUUGGCAGAGCCCACUCCCUACCCUAACCUGCCCACCCUCCCUGCCCCCCAGCAUUAGGUUGAGACUGUGGGGAAGUGCUGGGGGUUGGGAGGUAGCCGAGGAAUGGGGCAGUUCCCGGGGGCAUUGAAACCAAGUAUUAUUAUGAAUUGUAAUUGUAUUUGCACUGUUUUUUUUUCUCUGAUUGCAUCAGCAUAUAUACAAUAUACCUAUAUAACAAAAUUCAGUGUCAAGCUUUCUUAUGCAAGGGAUUUCCCCACCCCCAAAAAAGAACCUAGUUUCAUGGGCCUUUGAGGGUGGAUUGUCAGGAGAUGAUAGAAAUAAUUUAAAUAAGUCAUCCUAAGAAAGUCUUCCUUAGGGGAGAGCCAUACCCAUCUGCACAGUUUUAGGCUUUGCAAAUUGGGGUGAGGCUGGGUUACUGCAAGACUCCUAGUCCAGACUGUGGAGAAUAAAGAGAACCACAGCACAAAGGAGGUGGGAUGGUGGCACAGUCUGGAGACCUGGGGUUUAGUCUCGAGCUUUCCUGCUGACUUGUUAUGUGACCUUUGAUAGAGCUAAUUUUCGGGGUCUCAGUUUUAUUUGUGAAGUGAUGGCAGACAGGGGAGAUCCUCUAGCCACCACCAAGUUUGUAAAGCUUUCUUCCCCAACUGAAAACGAAACAACUUGAGGGGAGGAAACCAAAGUGGCUAGUAUUGAAGUGGGUAUAUGUGUGACAGUGCCCGUGGAGAGCUGCCAGGCCCCUGCUGUUCCUUUUGGUUUAGGAAAGGCAGCAGAGUGAUGUUUAGAACUUCAGUUAAAUCUGGGACAUCUUUGCCCUCAUGCCUCUAGUUACCCAAGGGCAGGAACCAGGCCCCAAGCCCCACCUCACAAGCAACUGCCCUCAAGGGUGGUUGACCAAUGAAUACUCCAGGUUGGUGGUCACUCACACCCUUUGUGAGCUACAGAAUGCAGAUCUUUCCCCCAUUUCUUGGUUGGAGAGCUCAGAUAUAGUCCACAUCUUGUCUCCUUCCCUCAGAUCUCAUCUGAACCCCGUUAAAGGCAGCUCUCUCAACAGCUAUUUCCUUCAGGGGCCCAGUUUCCCCACAGCCUGGGCUGAGUACUCCCACUGUAGGUUCUUGGCUGGUAAAGCCUGGAGAGGAUAUAGGAUGGUGGGUGAAGCCCUG